GCCCAAGGCAGCCGGUUGUUAAGCUGACGAGAUUUUGACCGCUCCAAGGCUCGUACGGGCUUUAGCGACGCCUAACCACCUAAACCCUCCCCUUGUCACCGACUCGUCCGAACCCAUCCAUGCCAAAUUCCCCGUUUCUGUCUUUACUGCCUCUCACACACAAUCCUGUCUCCGAAAACAUAAAGACCUUUGCCUCCGCCCGUUUCCACUUCCAGACACACACACACACUCUCCAGUAUCAUCAACUCGAACUAUCUCAAGCUUCAGUACACACACUACAACAUCAACAACAACUCAAGCCACCCGCUACUAUUCCUCCACCACGCAUACCCGAUCCGUUUAGCACCGCACGGACACCCCUGCUGCACAUCAAUCAUAGGAAACAAAAGAAGAGUCACCGUCACGGACAUUUAGCCUUGACUCACCAGGCAGUCAUUCUCACAAAACCUCCACCCACUCUUGCAUCUCAUCACAAUGCCUUCCCAUCUCAGGAACCAAGCUCUCUUUGAGCCAUUCUCCGCCGAAGCCACCCGCUCCCACUACAUCACCGCUCCUCCACAGAAGAAGCAGAAGAUGUCCCUCACCCAGACCUACUACAUUGCCUCGUCGGCACGGUCGAAGCUGGGCAGGGAAGCUGGAAAGCCAGACCACAACCUGAGGCUGCUUGUCGGCCAUGCAAACCUGCUCGAUUCCCUCAUGAUCGAGCUCGCCGAUGCUGAGCGGGACCAAGAAGCCUGGUUCAAUCAGAACGUCAACAGGGCCGCCAAGGCUGACGAGCCCAAGCACAUCCAAUGGGUCGACAGCAUCCGCGAGGAGGAGGACGAGGACUCAGACUCAGACUCAGAGUACGACGACUCCGACUACGAAAUGGUCGCUCCUCUCCGCCGCAUUCCCUCCCCUCCCGUCCACAUCACCACCGUAGAGUACGACGACGACUCAGACAGCGACGAGGAAUUCGAGGACGACGAAGACGACGAGGAGCAUGCUCUAGAACGUGUCCCAUCAGCACAUGCAAUGCCAGAACUCAUCCACGAUGACGUCUCGGACGACGAGAGCCCGCCCACAUCACCGCCUGCCUCGACCAGGGAGUUCAGCGAGCAGGACCGCGCCGCACUCACCACCACAUCCUUCUACGACAAGCCAGCCGCGAUACCAGCCUCGCAACAAGACUCAUUUGCAAAAGACGGCUUCUUCGUGCCGCAACGAAGCCAACCAAUGAUUGCAACCUUCUAGACCCACUCGACUUUGGGCAACAGCAUC